GAAUUCAGCUGUGUAAUGGUUGAUUGCUUUUAAAUGGACCAUCUGCACACGACAUCUGAGCACAUGGGACGUUCUUCCCUCAACCGUCAACCUCUGUGUCAACUUUAUAAGAGCCAACACUGAAACAAAUCAAGCUUCACUGGCUCUAGCGGGAAAUCACACAGCAGCAGCACACAGCAAAUAUGAUACAAAAAGAAACAAAUGAAACAAAACAGAAAUGAAUUUAAAUGGAAAGGCAUCGGGUGUGAUUAUCAUAAUUAUCUCUCUUCUUCUGUUACGCACUGCCUCAGCCGAGAAGGACGAAAUGAACCAGAUGUUUAGCAGAGGACUUCGACUUCUUGUGGAGGCUCCACAUGUCCGUGUUGAUCGCCUGGCGACUCCGAAGGUGCUUGUUCUUCUGCCUGCUGGAGUUCAGAAGCAGCGCUCGGAGAGAGUGACACUUGCGUGUGUCAUCACCGGGUUACGGUCUAAAGCGGUGAGGAUCACGUGGAAGGUGAACGGAGAAACAGGCCUAAAAAAAUACGCCAGCUCUCCACAAGUGCACAGAGAGCAUGGAGGAACGUUCUCUGCUGUGGGACUGUACACGGUUCUCGCUCAUAAAUGUCAUGAGAAUAUGUACAGGUGUGAGGUGACAUACAAAGGACCAUUUUACUAUGAUAAGGUAGAGUCGUCCCUCUGCAGACCUCUGUAAAUUGCAUGAGAAUGAGAUCCAUCCGCUGCAUAUUCCACUGAAAUAUCAAAAGGGGGAAACGA